AGGGAUAAGGUAGGGAGAAAUAUCCAAUUUGAUCAUGGCUUCUCUUUUCGGAUCGACUGCAUUUCUCUCCCACCCGCUUACCAGAACUUAUCACUUAGCUUCCUCAGCCUCACAAACACCUCCACCUUCAACCCCACCUUCACAACCGCCGCAAACUCCGCCGCCAUCUCCAUCUCUGACCACUUCUUCAUCGGAGCCACUAGCACCAGCCCCAACAAAGGUGGAGCAACAGAGGCCUACCACCAAUGUCGAGUCCACGGAUUGGAUAGCUUCAACCUUGACCAGGCGAUUUGGGCUCGGCGCUGGCCUUGCGUGGGCUGCUUUUCUCGCCGUUGGUGUCGUCUCCGAACAGAUCAAAACUCGCCUCGAGGUCUCUCAAGAAGAAGCAAAUACAAGAAACGUUGAAAAGGAAGAGGAAGUGGUACUACCCAAUGGCACAAGGUACUUUGAGCUGAGAGUCGGCGGUGGCGCAGCACCGAGGUCCGGGGACUUGGUUGUGAUAGACCUCAAGGGAAAAAUACAGGGUAGUGGGGAAGUAUUUGUAGACACAUUUGAAAAUGACAGAAAGCCACUGGCUCUGGUGAUGGGAUCAAGACCUUACAGCAAAGGAAUGUGUGAAGGAUUGGAAUAUGUACUGAGAUCCAUGAAAGCAGGUGGCAAGAGGAGAGUUAUAAUUCCUUCUAGUUUGGGGUUUGGAGAGAAGGGUGCUGAUUUAGGUUCCGGGGUUCAAAUUCCUCCAUUUGCAACAUUAGAGUAUGUAGUUGAGAUUGAUAAGGUUUCCAUUGCGCCUUCUUGAGCUGUUUUUGGAUGCACAUAGUUAACACACACAUGUAUCCAUAUCUUGGCUUCUUCCUUUGCAUUUUUUUUUUCCAUUUCAGGUGUGUGUAUCUCAGAUGAAUUUUCUGCCUUGUAUUGAUGGCAACAUAGAAAAGGAAAACAAGGGUCCUUUCCUUAGUUUCUUUAGCUUGCAAUAUGAUCAGCAAUAAUGUUAUUACAUUUUUGUUUCUUGCAAUCUGAAUGUAGAGCCAACUUCUAUAAA